AAUCGCGAAAAUACGGUCCCAGAUGUUGAGGAACGUGCAAAUAACACCCUAGAACCAUUGCUGAACGUGUUCCCUUAAAUAAUAUUCCGCUUUGACACCCUCCCCGCUGCAUUCUCAUUGCCAAUUUCAUUGAAAACUUCAAGCCAUGACGGCACCCAUUGAGUCACACAAUUCAUGAUCUUUUUCUCUCAAGUUUAGGCCAUACUUUUAGCAUAUCUCAGUCGCAGGAAACUUUCUACAGCCCCUCUCUUGCUUUUCUUUUGGUCUUGUCCCCCAACUUUUCUCUUUUAUAUAUCCCUCACGGUGCGAUAUUUUGCAAUAAUGAAUAUACAGACGAUCCGGAAUGUCAGCGAUUGUGUACCACUUUUCCUGCCGCACAGCUUGUAUCUCAAGCCUACUGCGAGAAUCAACAUUUCUGUAUCAUUGCCACCCGCCGUAGUCGGGAAGAACAUCUCUAAUUGGGAUGUGAUGGAGAAGUUACGCUCAAUGAUUGAGCCAGAAACUUUCUCAGUCCUCAAGGUCUCCAAGAGCACGCUAGAGUUCAUAAGAUUGGAGGCAGAAGUUGAGGAUCGAGCCAAGCUGAAGAAUGUGUUGGCCCGGCUCGAUGGACGCAUGAUAAAGCUAGCUAAUUUCUCUGAAAACGUGCGUGUUCGAGGUUCGGAGGCAAAAGAUGAUUUUCCCACUCGCCACGAUUGGGACACAUUUUUCCGAGAUGCUCGCAACAUGGACGAAAUGAAAGCUGGCGAGCGUCCAGACACAAUUCAUAUAUCAAACUUACCUAUAACUUGGUUUUGUCCACGUCACAUGGAAAAUACUGAUAAUCCAAAACCGAGUGAAAACAUAUUUAAGAGGAUCUUUGAGAAGUUUGGAGAAGUGCGCUGCGUCGAUAUACCCAUAUGUGAUCCGUACAGAACAAAGAUGAAGGCACAUCUCACUGGAGCACAAACAUUCUCCUUUGAUAACGAAGUCUACUUCGAAGGGUAUGUCCAAUUCAGUGAAUAUUUGAGUUUUGUAAAGACUAUGGAUGAAUUUCGUGGCAUGAAGCUCGUUCGUAAGGAUGGAGAUAAAAACUUGGCAGUCAACAUUGUUGUGGAGUUCGAUAAGACCAAGCAUCUUAGUGAUACAUCACUGAAGAAACGUCGAAUUAUAAGAGAACGUCUGAUUGCGAAGGAGAGAGCUGAUGAGGAGGAAAACAAGAAGAAACAGAAAGCGUUGGAGCAGAAGAAGGAGCGUGAGAAACAGCGUGAAGAAGAACGUAAACGUAUUGAGAUGGAAAAACAGAAGGAACGCGAAGAAAGGCGUAAGGAGAAGCACCUCAAGAAGCUACGAGAGAAGGAAGAAGUCGAAUUGAAUGCCAAGAUUCGUGCUGAGGAGAAAAAAUUACUAGAAACUCAGAGAAAACUUGAAAGCAUUCGACUCUUGGAUGCUCUAUUUGAGAGAAUUAAGUUAAAAUCAAGUGAAAUGGUAGAGUUAAAGAAGGAAGAAGAAAAAGGUUCUUCGAAGAAGAAGGAAAAAAGCAAGAAAUUGGAGAAUCUACCAGAAAAUGAUUUGAGGAAGAAAUUGGUGAGUCGAUAUAAAAACACUCACGAGGAGGAGCUGGAGAAAAGACGUGAGAAGCUGAAGAAGGUCCGAGAUGAUGUGAUUUUACAGGAUUUGCUGGUCAAAGGUCGCUCCAGAUCACCUAGUAUUGAUACAAUUAGUUCAAAUGACAGUGUCUUCAGUGAGAGUAGUGCGAAAUCUGCGAGCAAGAGGAAGAAGAAAAAGGCGAAGAAAACCAGGAAAUCCUCAUCAUCGGAAGAGAGCGAGAAAGCGAAGAAAACUGUACAACCGCCGGCCUUUCCGGUUGUUUAUAAUCCCGAAACUGGUGAAUACAUACCUAUGGGAAUGUAUCCAUAUGCCGGUUUCUUCCCACCUGCUCUUGCUCCAGGUCUGCCUUCGUCAUAUUUUGGGGGAAUGGAUGGGAUGAAGCCUUACAGAGGUGGAGGUGGAGGAUAUUCACGCUUUCCUCGAGGCAGAGGUAGAUCAUCUUAUCGUGGAGGACGUGGUUAUGGAGGAUAUCGGGGAUACGAUUACGGCGAUGACUACAGACAUCGUAGGACUGAGCAUGAUGAUCGUCGGUCGAGAUCGUACUCGAGAUCGCGCAGUCGUUCUAAGUCUAAAACACGUCGCAGGCGCUCCAGGAGUCGCUCACGUUCGCGUGAGAGGUCCCGGGAAAAAUCUCGGGAACGAUCUCGAUCGCGCAGUCGCUCAAAAUCACGAUCGAGAAAUAAGAAUAGACGUUUGGCGUCCACACGUCGAUCUCGGGAUCGAUCUUCUUCCUCAAUGUCAAGAUGGUCGUCUCGAUCACGAAGCCGAGGACGGCAUAGAUCUCGCAGAACAUGGUCCAGAUCGAGAUCGAGAUCAGAAUCACGUGGGAAGUCCAAGUCGAGAUCAAAUUCUCGUUCGAGGAGAGUAAAAUCUCGAUCACGAUCGAGAUCCAGGAGGAAGAAUACUCCGCCGCCGGUAAAGCUGCAAACUGAGAAAUUGGUGAAAUCAGCAAAAGAGAUCCAGAGGAAUGUAGCGGAAAAGCUGCAAGAACGUCUGCGCGAAGAGGAGGAAAUGAAGAAAAAUCUCCUCGAGAUGGAGAGAGUGGAAAAGGAAAGAGAAUUCAGAGCGAGAGUAGAGACGGCAAAUAAGCGAAGAUCCAAUUCUGCUGCAAGUCCCAACGAUAAUUCCAACUUGAUCUCUACAUCGCCGAAGCAGUUGAGUCUGUCUCCCGAGGAGCAGAAAAGUCCUCAGUAGAUUAAUUAUUUAUCUAUAGCAUCUGUAUUCUCUUGAAUUCAGUCUAGAAUUAACAUGAAUGUGAAAUCGACAAA